AAUAGGAUAAAUAAUUAAGAUUGUAUUUCAUAACUACUUUUAUUUUUAGUCUGUGCUUUUCUAUUAUUUAAUCUGUGGAUAUGUUAUCUGUAGACUGUAAAACGAUCUAUGUUGUCUAUGACUUGACUUUGUGUUUUUUUGGUACGAUGUAAUGGAGAUUUGUUGAAAUGUAUUUUUGAUAUGUAACCGGUGUCUGGGAAAUAAAUCGAUUGGGCGAAUUUGGCUUUUCAUUUACACCAUCCCCACAUAAUUUGGGGGCUUCGUCCGGGAUACGGGAUGGUGGAAUAAAGAAAAAACAGACGAAGACUAUGAUGCCGGUGAUUUAACCUGAUUAAGAAUUUACGAAUUACGAACGAAGACUAAGAUUUAAAGAAGCUUAUGAUUAUACGAUUACGACUUGAAGACUAUAAAACUUUUUAUUUACAUUAUUCAUCAUGCCGCCGAAACGAGUAAAAGAUGAUGAUGAUUGUGGUGAACCAUCGCCGCGUAUUUCCUUCAAUGACUUAGAGAAAUCAAUGACGCCAUUUUCGGGUGAUGAUGCCUAUGGCAUCGAAACAUUCGUAAAAGAUUUUGAAGAUAUUUCCUCUUUAAUGCAAUGGGGCGAAAUAGAAAAACUCAUAUUUUCGAAGCGGCUUCUCGCGGGAACCGCCAAGCUAUUUUUACGUUCACUAAGUGGGACCACCACGUGGGAUACACUUAAGUCUGAGCUCCGUGAGGAAUUUGGUAAGAAGUUGAACAGUGCAACUGUUCACAAGAGACUUUCAACUCGCCGGAUGAAGAUGAAUGAGACUCAUCAGCAUUAUUUUUUACAUAUGAAGGAACUUGCAGUACUUGGGAAUGUUGAAGAUGAAGCCCUGAUGGAAUAUGUCAUCGACGGUAUUAAAGACAGAAGAUUCAAGGUGAAAAAUUGUUAUCUUAUAGUUCAGGAACAACAGAAACUUUAACUGGAAUAGCUGAAAAGGAAAUUUAUACAAAAGGAUCUUUCACAGCAAAAAUUGAAAUUGAUGAUUGUUAUUUUGAAACUUUAUUUUAUGUUGUUGAUGAUGGCGCUAUUCCUGUCAACAUUAUAUUAGGAAAUCCUGUACUGAAAGAAGUAGAAAUCAAUUUUAAAUCUGGAACUAUCACUGCAACAAGAAUAUUACACCUUACAAUGCUAGAGAAUGAAAAUGAAGAUAUCACAAAUAUUGAAA